AUGAUUCCAAACAUGUGUGACGCCAUUUUAAACAAGGAAUUUCAUUCUGCUUCAAGAAGUCCCUCCUUCUAUUAUUUUUUCUUCUUUUCCUGCUCUUCGUCAUUUUUUUUCUUUUCCUCCUUCUUGUGCUCCUCGUCUUUCUUCUUUUUCUUCAUCUUGCCGUCCUCUUCUUCCUAUGAAUUGUCCUCUUUUCAUCUUUUCUCUCUUUUUUUGUUUUCCUAUUCUUCCUUUUUAGUAAAAUUAAGGUCCCAGACUCCAGAAUUUUCGUUCUUUUUUUUUCUUUCAUCGUUUAAUAAUUUAUUCAAUUUUCUUUUCUUGUCUUCCUUUUUCUUCUUUUUUUUUUGUUUUUUUUUUUUGUUUCCCUCUUUCAUUUCCUGUUCUUUCAUUUAUUUUUUUUCUUUUUUUAUUUAUUUCUUCCUUCCUCUUUCUUCUUCUCCUCUUCAUUUUGUCUUUCUCUUCUCCUCCUUUUUUUUUGAUGUUUUUUAUCUUCCUUUCUUCCUUUCUUCUUUUCUUCUUCUUCACUUUCUUUUUCCAUUUUUUUUCUUUCCUCAUCCUCUUCUUCUUUCCUUGCUUCAAUCUUCUUCUUUUCUUUCCUUCUCCCUUUUUCUUUUCUCCUUUUUCCUUUUCCCCUUCUUAUUUCUUCUUUUCUUUUUAUUUCUUCUUCUUCUUUUUCUAACAAUCUUUCUCUCUUCUUUUUUCUUUUUCUUGUCCUUUCCUUCUUUUUUCCUCAUCAUUUUUUCUUCUUCUUUUUUUUUUUCUUCUUUUCUUCUCGAAAAUUUCUUUUCAUUCUUCUUCUUUCUUUCUUUCUUUCUUUCUUUCUUUUCUUCUUCUUUUUCUUCUUCUUUCUCCUCCUUCUUCUUCUUUUUCUUCUCUCCUUUCCUUAUCCCAUCUCUAUCUUAA